UUAAAUCUGGAUUUCUCCUGUUUCCCUUAGCCAAGUAAUCAGUUUCACUGAUCAGUUUUGACUGACACAUGUACUAGUUCUCUGACCGCCAUCUGAACCUGCUGGGACACUAAUUUAGAUUAGCGGGAAACCUCCUCCCGUCUGUGCACCAAAUGAUCUGACCUGUGAAAAUGAACAUUCAUGUGAACAUGCACACACCUGCAAUCAGCUGAGGCGAUGUUUGGGAGGAUAUCGUGGACCGAAGUUCAGUGGGACAGCCGAGGUGGAUUAGGGUGUCCAUAAAAGAGGCUGAACACCAACAGCGUUUUCAAAUCUUCACAGAGGAGAGAAGCAGAGAAGAGUUGGAGAACUUAGAGUAACAAAUACCAAAAACAACUGAUGAAAGUACGGACAUAUCUUUUUCUAAAGCAAGGAGAUCAGAGAGCCAGAGGGAAUCCUUUUCUUCACUGCAUGUCUUCUGGUAUAAGCGGAUACAAUCCUAACUCAAUUCACCACCAUUAAAUAUAAAGGUUUGUGUACAUUUUUAACAAAUACUGUUUAGGUGAAGCGCCCUGAGUCUAUCGAACGUUUUUUCUCUCUCUACAGUUAUGUUUAUGUAUUUUACGAGUGAUCGCUUUUUGACUGCUGAUCAUGUCUGUAUCUGCAUUUUUUUUUUGUUUUAGCAUGUCUCUGUUUGUUCUGAGAUGCGCUCUACUUUUCGCAUUCACGGUUGGAUCCGUGUACACCUGUAUGCUAAAGAAUCACACCAUAUGGAUCGAGACGAAAAACUGUACCCAGUGCGUGGCCAUCAACACAACCAUCUGCAGUGGCUACUGCUACACAAGGGAUACCAAUCUCAAGGGCCACUUCGGCCGGGCUUUCCUGAUUCAGCGGAGCUGUGUGCCUCUCUCCCUCGUGUACCGGGUCGUCGUUAUUCCCGGCUGUCCUCAGGAUGUCAGCUCGCAGUUGUAUUACCCAGCGGCCCGCUGCUGCAGCUGCCGGCGCUGCGACACACGCAUGCACCACUGCGUCCAACCCAGACCGUACUCUUAUGAUCAGUGCUCCGUCAAACUUGGCGCGGAGAAACAGAACCUGAAAUGCUUUGGAAACCAGACAACGUGUUCGUAGAAGCAAGGCGCCUUACAUGUCAAAAGCCACGGCAGUGAACCCGCUUGACGAGUAGUGUUUUUGUGCUGGAUGGCGUUGUUGUUUCUGCUUGUUUUUUUUGUCUGUAAUGUUUUCUGUAGUUUGAUUGGAAACUGAUACAGCAAUAAAACUUUGUGUUGAGCAUGUGUUAUAUCUGUGUAUUACACCACAUAGGCAUGUGGAUGAAUAAUCAUUAGUGGCCCUUCUUAUUUCACCGCUCUUGUGUCGUUUUAAUCUGUUUCUGUUGGGCUUCACGUUCACUCCGCUCACAAAAACUCAAGAACACACA